AUGCAGUUCACGGGCUGGUCCCCCUGUCUGAGCUUGCAGGUAGAAGCAUUUCGAAGUCUGGUUUACUUACGAGAAGUUGGUCUGUUCGUGUUUAGCGAACUUUUUGACCACCCGCUAAUCAAAUCUCUUGAUGAAAAGGAUGCUUCCCACGAUUUGGCCAUGCUGCGAUUGUUUUGCUAUGGCACCUACAAUGACUACAAGGCGGCUAAGACCUCUUACCCUCCGUUGACUCCUCUCCAAGUACGCAAACUACGUCAGCUGAGUAUUAUCUCCGCCUGCUAUUUACAAAAACUCAUACCAUACGACCAUUUAUUGCAAAUGCUGGAACUCUCAUCUCUGCGCGAGCUGGAGGACCUUAUCAUAGAACUGUUCUACCUUGAAGCCGCCUGUGGCAAGCUGGAUCAACAGAAGGGCCUGCUGGUUGUCGAAUCGGCCAUAGGACGAGACCUUCGUGAAACUGAGCUACCUAAGUUGCGCUCCGACCUCGAGGCUUGGUGCAACCGUGUGGAUGUAGUGGUCAGCGAGGUCGUCGGCGAAAUGGAGAAGGCAAAGAAGAUAAAACAUGAUUGGGAGCUGGGUCGGACCGCACUUACGGAGAAGAUCAACCUGCUGAAUUCCUUAGGCAAAAAAGACGCCGGCAAAUUUGACGUAAGUCAAGGCUCUGCGCUCCCUUUUUGCUAUUAUUUUAAAAGUCACCUACAUGCCUCUGUCGUAGGCCGCCGUUCCUCACUUUAUUGUAAACAAGUGGAGCAGUUCUUGACUGUCGUCCUUGUUUUGAGUCUAUACUCUUGUAUAUCAUAA